AUGGCGUCUACCUCUACAGCCGGUCGUAAACGAAAGAAUGAGGAUAACGCUUUUGAUGAAGUCGCACCAUCUGCGUCUACUUCUGCCUCAACACUCCUGGAAAAGCCGUGCUACGAUGUGUUCAUCAAUCAUCGGGGACCAGAUGUCAAACACACGCUAGCUAGCACUAUCUAUAAUAUCCUUAAGGAGAUAAAGGUGACAGCUUUUUUAGAUUCAGAAGAGUUGGAAUAUGGCGAUUUCUUGCCUACAACAUUAGAAUCAGUAAUGCGCAGUGCUUCGAUUCAUAUAGCAAUUUUUUCUGAGAACUAUGCAAAAUCACCUUGGUGUUUGGCAGAGCUCUCAUUCAUGCUUAAAACUGGGGCCAAAAUUAUUCCAGUAUUCUACUAUGUAGAGCCUACAGAUCUCAGAUAUGUAGCUCAAGGAAAGGGAAUCUAUGUUGAUGCUUUUGUGCAGUAUGAUAUGAAGGGUAGGUACAGCCCAGAAAAGCUUCAGGAGUGGAAAGCGGCCCUUCAUAAUGUCUCAUUUUACGAUGGUCAAAUCAUUAAAAAUAAUGAUGAUGAAAUGAGGUUGCUGAAGAAAAUUGUGAAUAUUGUAAUGAAAGAAGUAAAUAAUGUACCAUUAGUGGUUGCGAACCAUCCUGUUGGCCUCGAAGAAACAAUAGAAGACUUUGAGAUGAAUACACUCCAAUCUGACCAUGGUGAUAGGGGUGUGCAAAUUGUGGGAAUUUGGGGGAUGGGUGGCUCCGGCAAAACCACACUUGCCAAAUAUUUAUACAACAAAAAGUCCUCGUCAAUGGAGAGGUCCAGUUUUAUUUUUGAUGUUAGAGAUGGUGCAGUCAAAGGCGUGUUGCAUAACAAGCAGAUUCAACUCCUCAAAGACCUUGGGGUGAAAAAAGAAGACCGAAAAUUUGACAAUAUAGAGCAAGGUAAAGCACUUCUUAAAAGGAAUUUGAGAUCUGUCAGGGUGCUCAUUGUUCUGGAUGAUUUGGAUCAUGUGGACCAGUUGGAUGCUCUGUUACCUGCAAAAGACAGCCUUGGAUGGGGUAGUCUUAUUAUUGUUACAACACGGGAGAAUGAAGUCCUUAGAUCUAAGGGAAUAUCAUCCGUAUAUAAAAUGAAAGCACUUGAUCCGUUUUAUGCAGAGCAGCUUUUUUGUUGGCAUGCUUUCUUACAGUCCAUUCCUCUCAGUGGAUUUGAGAAGCUUGUUAAAAUGUUCUUAGAUGUUUGCAACGGAUUACCCUUAUCUCUCAAGGUAUUUGGAGGACAGCUAUAUGGAGAGCUCCGCAAAGAGUAUUGGGAAUCUCUACUGCAGAAGAUCUUGCGAAUAUUGCCUAAUGAUAUUAAAGAGAAACUCAAAAUAAGUUAUGAAGCCCUUGAUUAUGAAGAGAAAGAGAUGUUUCUUGAUACUGCUUGUUUCUUUAUAGGAGAAGAUAGCAGUUUGGCAAUUGAAAUAUGGAAUGGAUCAGGGUGGAGUGGUCUGCAUGGUUGGGAAAAGCUCUUCAAUAAAUGUUUGGUUGAACUUGAUAAAAAAAAUCACAUAAAAAUGCAUGAUCACUUACGAGAUUUAGGAAGGGAAAUUGCAAAUCAGCAUUCUCCUUUCAGACUAUGGUUACCCCAGCAGAUUAUUAAUGCUGAGAGACAGACAGAGGUUAAAAAACUGUUUAUGAAGACGAAAAGAACUGCCAUUCGAGGCAUAAUGGCUGUGCCAAGCAGUAUGAUAACUUGGACUUCAUCUAAGCGUGGAAUGUCCUAUCAAACAAUGAAACAUGUGAGUGAGGAGAUAAUGGAUAAUACUAUUGGAGGAGAUUGGUCACUCGCACCCUCUUUACUUGGACCAAAGAUUUUUGUGACCAGACGAGAUUAUUUUAAUAAAGUAAUCGAUGGAGUAUCAAGAGAGUUGGUCUGGCUUCGCUGGUUCGAAAUUGGGCAGAGAAAUCUUCCCUCGUGGCUUUCAUUGAAAAAUUUGAGGGUUUUAGAAAUCUAUGAACAAUACGAUUAUGAAGGCGAACAUCACUUAGAAGAGCUGUGGGAGGCUGAUAGGGAUGCUCCUGUGCAGCUAAGACAGUUAGUCAUUUCAGGAUGCAACAAAUUUCAAAGAUUUCCAAACUCAAUAGGACGCCUCAAUAUGUUGAGGAAGAUAACAAUCAGAAGAAGCUACAAUUUAACGAGGCUGCCAGAUGAAUUUUGCCGUCUUCAAUCUUUGGAGCACUUGCAAUUAUGUGACUGUAAUCAGCUAUCAUCGCUUCCCACCAGUUUUGGCAACUUGAAAAAUUUGCGGUUUCUAGAUUUGAGCCAUUGCAGGAAAUUGACGAUGGUGCCAGAUUCUUUUAAGAAACUGAUGCGCCUGCAAUAUCUCGAUUUACAGUCCUGUGAUCAGCUCAUACUUAUGUCAGAGGAUUUCCAAAACAUCACAAAGCUGGAGUAUAUAAAUCUCAAUGGGUGCGACAAAUUGGAAGAGUUGCCUCGUCACAUUACAAAUCAGGCGUCCUUGAGAAAGCUCCGUUUAGAUUGGACAGUAAGGUUAAGGGAGCUACCAAUUAACAUCGGUCAAUUAAGCAAGCUACAAAAGAUGAUCAUAGGAGGAACUGAGUUGUUGACAAGCUUGCCUACAUCUCUUGGAGAAUUGUCCUCCUUGACGGAUCUUUCAUUUUCUCAUUGUGCCAGCCUAGAAUCUUUACCUGCAUCUCUCGGAAAGUUGUCGUCCUUGACCGAUCUUUUAUUUUUUCAUUGCCCCAGUCUGGAAUAUUUACCUGCCUCUCUCGGAAAUUUGUCCUCCUUGACCUAUAUGUCAAUUGGUGAAUGUCCCAGCUUGCACAGCUUGCCGACCUCUCUUGGAAAUUUGCCCUCCUUGAAGAAUCUCACAAUUGAUGGGUGUCUUAAGCUAGAAUCUUUACCGACUUCUUUCGGGGAUUUGUCCUCCCUGACACAUCUUUCAAUUUAUUGUUGUCCCCGCUUGAAAUGUUUGCCGCACUCUGUGGAGCGUCUUAAUCUCUUAGAGUAUUUAGAAAUAGAGGAUUGUCCAGUCAAAGUAGAUUUUGGGGCUGCCUCAUUACCUAUUGGAUUAAGUAACCUUAAGGAUAUACGUCUAACAGACACAGAAAUCUGCAGGAUUUCGAUUUCUGAAGACCGUUAUCCCCGUCUUGAGAGUCUAUUUCUUUUUAAUAAUCCUUUAACGGAGAUCGAAGCAUUGUCAAAGUCAGUCAAGUCGAUAGAAUUGGCAUCCUGUAGAAUGCUGAAAAACAUUAGAGUUACUUGUGAUCUGGUAAACCUUGAAUUCCUCAAAAUAAAGUCAUGUCCAGAGUUGGAAGAGCUUCCUAGCUUUACACGUUUAACUUCUCUCAGAGAAUUUGAGCUUCUAUGUAGUUGCUACCGAAUUCAGAAAAUAGAAGGUUUAGAAUAUUGCACAAGAUUGGAAAGCUUGAGAGUAGAUACCUCCUGGGAGGUGGCCGGUAUAGAAAGUUUGGAGCGAAUGGAGAAAUUGAGGAGGGUGGAACUUAGAGGAAACAAGGGAUCAGCUAUCGAACGUUGCAUUCAAACAAUCAAGAAAUGGCCAGAUGAAAUGCAAAUAUGUAUGCACACCGUCCCCGAUGCGUCCUCACUUGUAGACUCCUUCCUCUCUCUGAAUGUCAUGGUUGCCGACUCCUUCUCUAACCGAAAAUUUGGGUCCAGGCCAGAGUUGGUGAACAUGCAUUCCUCCGACGACGAUGCCAUUAUGCUCUGUUUUGUUAUAAAUUGUGUUACUCCGCAAAUGACACCAGGUUUGACUCUCCUUGGCAACGGAGAUGCUGUAUCCUUAGAAACUCUACCAGAGCUUGAAAAGGGUAGAUGGGCAUGGAUAGGUGUCUUCACAUCGCAGGGGAGGGGCCGUGUAUGGCAAACUGCUGAGAAAUUCGAAAUAGACGAAGAGACCGACGAACAAGAGUACGAGGGAGAGGACGAACAGGGGGAUGAACAAGAGAACGAAGGAGAGGACGUGCAGGACGACGAACCAGAGGAGGAAGAAGACGAAGAAGAGAACGAAUUGGAGAGGGGUUUGGUUGUGAGUGGGGAACAGCAAAGAGUAGUGGAGGCAUUUCACUUUUUGUUGUCAAUUUUACAAAGCCGGUAA